CGGCCGAAGGUGGCACCUGCGGCGGAUCAGGUCCUAAACUGGAUAAGAUCCAGAUUGGAUCCGAAGCGGCAGACCUAGCGAAGGAGGCGGGCAGGCCGCCGCUGGGCUCCCGAGUCCGACGUGAGCGCGAGGCUCGCUCCGUACAGUUUACUCUCCACAAUGUCCACCUGAAGGUGGGGAGAACCUCAAGACCAAUCAGGGACGACAGAAAUCGGGAAGUGCGGUGCAAUACUGCCGUCUUCGUGAUCUUCUAUGGCUAAGCUUGUUCCUCGAUCGGGAGAUGCCGUGUUCGCGAGCGUUGAGCGCGUGAAUGCGGAGUUGUUCACUCUCACAUACGGAGCGAUCGUGCGACAGCUCCUCACUAAUCUCGAAGAGACGGAGGAGGUCAACAAGCAACUCGAUCAGAUGGGAUAUAAUAUUGGAGUUCGUCUUAUUGAUGAAUUCUUAGCAAAAUCAAAUGUUUCUAGAUGUGUUGACUUCAAGGAGACAGCUGAAGUAAUUGCAAAGGUAGGCUUUAAAAUGUUUUUGGGGGUGACUGCAACUGUUACUAAUUGGGAUGCUGAAGGAACAAGUUGCAGUCUUGUUCUUGAAGACAAUCCUUUGGUAGAUUUUGUGGAGCUUCCAGAUACCUGCCAAGGCCUGUACUAUUGUAAUAUCUUGAGUGGAGUUAUCCGAGGAGCACUGGAAAUGGUAUCAAUGAAAACUGAAGUCUCGUGGGUUCGAGAUAUGCUGCGGGGAGAUGAUGCAUAUGAAAUCAGAGUCAAACUUCUGAAGCAAGUUCCAGAGGAAUAUCCAUACAAAGAUGAUGAAUAGCUCUGCAUACUGCAGGCACUGUGCUUUUUUGAUGUGAACUGCAGACCAAAAAACCAAAUAGCUGUACUUACUCUUGCUUUCAUCUUUAUCAGUAUGCCUUUAAAGCAUCCUUGUUUCGACAGGAACUGUGGCAUACUGCCAAGUGUAACUUACUGGUCAAACCUGUCUCAUGGAAAUUGUAGGCAUACCAUUUUAUAGGCAGCCAUCGAAGAGAUUUAUUACAGGUGUGGAUGGUCAUGAAUUCUGAAGGACAGUGUCCUCUAAUACAAGUAGACAAAUUGUAAGGUUGUAUCUGCUUGGCGAUUGUGUUUCCUUUGUUGAUCCAGUCAUGUUCAAGCUUUUUGCUUUGAUCAUUCACAGAUUGGAGCAAGUAAUUUCUAUCUGAUGUAUUUCUGCCUGC